AUGCAACUGUCUGUUCUUCUCACUCUUCUCCCAGCCGUUUUGGCUGCACCUGCCAUGGUUGAGCAGCGCGCCGAGCCUGCUCCUCUUUUCACCCCAAAGUCUAGCAUUAUUGAGGGCAAGUACAUCGUCAAGUUCAAGGACGGUGUUGCCAGAAUCGCUGCAGAUGAAGCCACUUCUGCCCUCAGCGCAAAGGCCGACCAUGUCUACAGCCACCUCUUCAAUGGCUUCGCUGGCUCUCUCACUAAGGAGGAGCUUCAAACCCUCCGUAACCACCCAGAUGUUGACUUCAUCGAGAAGGACGCCGUGAUGACCGCAAACGCCAUCGUUGAGCAGCAGGGCGCGCCCUGGGGUCUCGGCCGCAUCUCCAACCGCCAAAAGGGAAGCACCACCUACCGCUACGAUGACAGCGCUGGCAAUGGUGCUUGUGUCUAUGUCCUUGACACUGGCAUCGAAACCACCCACCCUGAGUUCGAGGGCCGUGCCACGUGGUUGAAGAGCUUCAUUGAUGGUGAGGACAACGACGGUCACGGUCACGGAACUCACUGUGCAGGUACCGUUGGUAGCAAGACCUAUGGUGUCGCUAAGAAAGCCAAGCUCUUGGCUGUCAAGGUUCUCGACAACGGGGGUAGCGGUUCAUAUGCCGGCGUCAUUGCAGGCAUGGAAUUCGUUUCCCAGGACUACAAGACUCGAGGCUGCCCCAACGGUGCCAUUGCUUCCAUGAGUCUGGGAGGUCCCUUCUCUGCCUCAGUUAACCAGGCCGCAGCCGCCAUGGUGAGCUCAGGCGUCUUCCUCUCAGUUGCCGCUGGUAACGAUGGCGCGGACGCUGCUCGUUAUUCCCCGGCUUCCGAGCCUAGUGCAUGCACUGUCGGUGCUACCACCUCGACCGACGCCCGAUCGAGCUUCUCCAACUUCGGCAAGCUUGUAGACAUCUUCGCUCCCGGCAGUGCCAUUCUCUCUACUUGGAUUAACGGCGGUACCCGAUCCAUCUCUGGUACUUCCAUGGCUACUCCUCAUGUUGCUGGUCUUGCUGCCUACCUUAACGCUCUUCAAGGUGUUGUUAGCCCCGCGGCUCUCUGCAAGAAGAUUCAGGACACUGCUAUCAAGAACGCUCUCACUGGCGUGCCCGCUAGCACUGUCAACUUCCUCGCCUACAACGGUGCUUAA